ACAACCCUAAUCUUGGUGUUUGUUACGCUGCGUCUGACGACCGCCGCAAACCCUAAUCCGUCUCGGAGAGGAGAAGAACUCGGUGGCAAUGGCGGAUGCUUCGGACGCGUUGGAUGUGGGAGGGGCACAGCCGAAGAAGAGGACAUUCAGGAAGUUCUCCUACCGCGGCGUCGACCUCGAUCAGCUCCUCGACAUGGGCCUCGAUGAGCUCGUCAAGCUCUUCGAUGCUCGUGCUCGCAGAAGGUUCCAAAGAGGGCUGAAGAGGAAGCCCAUGGCUCUGAUCAAGAAGCUUCGUAAGGCGAAGCGUGAUGCUCCCCCUGGUGAAAAACCUGAGCCUGUGAGGACCCAUCUAAGAAACAUGAUAAUAGUCCCGGAGAUGAUUGGGAGCAUCAUUGGUGUCUACAAUGGCAAAACCUUCAACCAAGUUGAAAUCAAGCCUGAGAUGAUUGGUCAUUACUUGGCGGAGUUCUCCAUCUCAUAUAAGCCCGUGAAGCAUGGAAGGCCCGGCAUUGGUGCCACUCACUCUUCCAGGUUCAUACCCCUCAAGUGAUCGAAGUGCGUGGGGAGAAGGUUUCUACUCGUAUUAGGGGGUUCUUAUUAGUUACUGCAGCUUCUAGUAUCUGAUGUUACAGAGAUUUAUUAUUUGGUCAUGUCAUGCUCUGUUAGGGACCCGAGAGGGAAGAAGUAAUUACGUUUUGUACCAGGGUUUUUAUACGAUUUUGUUUGCCAGUAUCCAGCUUCCUCGAUUAACAGUCAGUAAUGAAUUUUUUGUGUCA